AAGCCGGCUCGUGGUAGGGAAUGAAUGUAGUUGCACGUUCGGUGACUUAGCGACAAGGGUGAAGGUAUAGUUGAACAAUUUGAUAGGUUCGUGCACAUAUUAUGCUUGGUAUUGACCCAGCAGCGAUGACCGACAAGCCACAUCUUCGAUUGUCUCCUAUAAGUGUCACCUCACCAACCCGGGAGGACAUAGCGGAGAUGGCCUCCAAGCAAAUAGCGUUGCGAAAGAUGUCGAGACAAGAAAACGUCGGUUCGCAGAAUUCACUUUUGGUGGCAAUGAACGUAUUCGUACAGGCUGUGGACAACAUGGAUAACGCUAUCAUGGUUCCUCGUCGACUUAUGGACAUGCCUACGGCGUCGACGAGUGAAGCAGGGCACGGCGGUGAUCUCACUUGUGAUACGAACAUCAUCAACGGCCACGACGAACUAAACAACAACAUCAACAUCGCCAACAGCAAAUUGAAAUCCCCCGGUGAUCUUUACGGUGUGUACUCCAUGCUAAAAACAGUGAAACGGGAACUUGUGAGAGGUCCCACGUCGGACGACGAUGAGGAUGAGCUGGUGGACGAACAGCCGAAGAAAAUCACCAGAGUCUUUCGGCAACACCUCAAUGGUCUUUUCACCGUCCUUAAUCAACUGACAGAUGCCGCUGAGAUCUUGCAAGGCCGCUAUCAGGAAGAGCUGGACGAUCAGUUGACGCCCUGUCUAAACAUUGACAGUCGGUAUUGAGUGGACUCGAUGUGUCAUGUAGCUCUAGAACUAUACUCGACUGCUCAUUAUUUUGUAAAAUUAUAUUCUCUAUACUUUGAAUUUUCGUUCACUGUAGCAGCUGAUCACAUAUUCUGAGGAUUCAAGAAUAGUAUUAGUGUAGUAUGUACCCAAUUUAAAUUACUAUGCUAUAUAGGCCGACCCGACGCAGACCCCGGUAAUGGGUUAAACCCGCACCCUCAGAUUAGCAAAGCGGAGUUAUAACGUCUGCGUGCGGACAAUAUGCUAUAUAGUACUUGUACAUUUAUUAUGAAUAUGUGAUUGUCGCUGUCGUUCAAUUCAUAGCUUUCGAGCCUGUGAUAGCAGGCCAUAUGUAUUGCACUAGAGCUUUUGUUGACCCCGGUAUGUGGUGAUGAUAUAUCGUGUAGGUAUAUAUCGUCAAGAGUCCAUAAUAGAAGAUAGUUCUUCUAGAUAGUUUUUCUAUUAUGGACUCUUGAUAUAGUGUAACGGUGUAUGAAUUGUACUGUUGAUAUAAAUGUACAAUUGGGAAAUGGUUUGCUAACCUCGUGUGCAGCAUAGAUAGCAGCACUGUUAUAUAAAAACUGGACAUUAUAUAAAGUAAGGAAUCCUAGUGCUUUCGUGAGUGUGACCGUUAGCUACGGUACUGUAUGUACAUGUGCUCUUACAGUUACACGUGUGUAUAUAGAUAUAUCGUUUUUGAUAUAUAUAUCCAUCUAUUCGAUUUAUCUAUCUAUAAUAUUCAAUCUAUCGAUAUUUAAUGUAAAUAUAGAUGAAGCGAAACUAUCGUGAAAUUGUUUGUUCGAGGAUGUAAAUUUCAAUAUCACUUGUUUGUAUUCCCACUCGUUGUUGCACAUUAAAAUAAAGUUGUUGUACAACAUGAAAAUCAAA